UCACACUAUGUAGAACAGCCAGUUUAACUUGUUUACACUAGUUUGAACAAGGCGUGAGGCUAUCAACCGUUUCUAUUCUGUCUGCGUCUAAUCUGUUCCUUCCUCAUAUGAAUGGUCUGUUGCAGCGAGGAGCCUUUCUUUCUCCGCUUUUGAAACCUUUCAACUGAUUAACUUGUUUUAUAAACACUUUGACCUCCGUUUCUCCACAUGCAUUUAUACUUUUUCAACUGUAUACCGUCUGGCCGCAUUUUUAUCCCGGAGCAAAAGAGAUAAGGUAUCAGUCUACUAUGGAUGAGGAGAGAGAGGAGGGGGGUUCAGGAGAGGAGGAGCAGAGAGCCGACUCCCCUGGACCCAGCUGUGUCUCCAUGAAGAGCGACCACUCUAUGGAUCUACCUGUUGGGUUUAAAGAUGGAAAUCAGUCUAUUGAGAAGAGAAGAGUCCAGCAGGAGAGAGCAGACUCCCCUGGACCCAGCUGUGUCUCCAUGAAGAGUGACCACUCUAUGAAUCUACCUGUUGGGUUUAAAGGAGGAAAUCAGUCUAUUGAAAAGAGACCCCAGGAGAGUUCAAAGGUUACCAGCGCUCAGUCUGUACAGCAGCAGCAGCAAACAGAGCUGAUCAAGAGGGCUGAGGAGAACGCACACGCUUUUCUAGACAAGGAGCUGAAGAAGCUCUGGAGGGGACUCUCACCAGAUUACCCACAAUGCUCAGAGGGUCAGAGGGAGGAGGAAGAGGUGGAUGAUAAGAAGAAGGAGCAGAGGUGGCGCGCCAUAGAGGGAGUGGUGGACAUCACAAAGCUCUGCCUGAUGGAAAUGAACCAGGAGGAACUGGCUGACACACUGUGGGGCGGAUCUGACAAGUGCCAACAUAACAACAAGUCUCAUUUAAAGAAGAAGUUCAGGUGUGUGUUUGAGGGAAUCGCUAAAGCAGGACAACAAACCGAUCUGAACGACUUCUACACAGAGCUCUUCAUCACACAGAGAGGCAGUGGAGAGGCCAACAAGGACCAUGAGGUCAGACUGAUUGAAACAGCUUACAGGAAACCAGCCAUAGAGGAAACACCAAUCAGAUGUGAGGACAUCUUUAAACCCUUACCUGGAAAAGAUAAACCAAUCAGGACAAUAAUGACAACUGGAGUGGCCGGCAUUGGUAAAACCGUCUUAACACAGAAGUUCACUCUGGACUGGGCUGAAGAAAAAGCCAACCACGACAUACACUUCAUAUUUCUCCUCACUUUCAGAGAGCUGAAUUUACUGAAAGGGAAAGAGUUCAGCUUUGUCGAACUGCUUCAUCGCUUCUUUAUUGAGACCAAAGAAGCAGGAUUCUGCAGAUUCGACCAGUUCCAGGUUGUCUUCAUCUUGGAUGGUCUGGAUGAGUGUCGACUUCCUCUGGACUUCCAGAACAACCCGAUCUGGACUGAUGUCACAAAGUCCACCUCGGUGGACGUGCUGCUGACAAACCUCAUCAGGGGCGACCUGCUUCCCUCCGCUCGCAUCUGGAUAACCACACGCCCUGCGGCAGCCAAUCUGAUCCCUGCUCAUUGUGUUGACAUGGUGACAGAGGUGAGAGGGUUCACUGACCCACAGAAGGAGGAGUACUUCAGGAAGAGAUUCGAAGAAGAGACACUGGCCAACACAAUCAUCGCCCACGUCAAGAAAUCACGAAGCCUCCAGAUCAUGUGUCACAUCCCAGUCUUCUGUUGGAUCACUGCUACAGUUCUGGAGAACUUCAUCAAAACAUCCCAGAUAGGAGAAGAGAUGCCCAAGACCGUGACUCAGAUGUACAGCCACUUCCUGAGGGUUCAGUCCAUACAGGGGGACAGGAAGUACCAUGGAAGGGCUGAAACCGAACAAGACUGGAGUUCAGAGAGCAGGGAGAUCAUUGUUUCUCUGGGAAAACUGGCUUUUAACCAGCUGGAGAACGGCAACCUGAUCUUCUACGAGUCAGACCUGGCAGAGUGUGGUAUCGAUAUCAGAGCAGCCUCAGUGUACUCAGGAGUGUUCACCCAAAUCUUUAAAGAGGAGUGUGGGCUGUACCAGGACAAGGUGUUUUGCUUUGUCCAUCUGAGCCUCCAGGAGUUUCUGGCUGCCCUUUAUGUCUUUCAGACCUUCAUCAACACUGGGGUCAAUCUGCUCAAAGAAGAACCAACGACCUUUAGAAAAAAUAAACUCUUUCACUUCUAUCAGAGUGCUGUGAACAAGGCCUUACAGAGUGAAAACGGACACCUGGACUUGUUCCUCCGCUUCCUCCUGGGCCUCUCUCUGGAGACCAAUCAGAUUAUCUUACGAAGUCUGCUGGGACAGACAAGAAGUAGCUCACUGAUCAGAUUGAUUAAAACAAGUCGGCUGAGACUGAUAGCUAGUAGCUCAUGGACCAAUAAGGAAAUAGCGUCUUACAUCAAAUACAAGAUAGGUGGUGUGAUGGAAAAUCUACAUGUUGUAUUGUUUUGGUCUAUAUGAAUUUAAGUUUUGUUGCUAUUCUGUGUAAUUUUAUAUAGUGUCUGCCUUCUGGGCUCCUUUUGGGUCAUUUAAAGUGUAAACCGUCAAGGGUAGAGUGAAGGGCAGGCAACAUUUUUAUUGCCUGCCCUUUCCUAUGUUUCUUGUCAUGUAAAUCACCCUCCAUGCAAUCCUCUGAUGUGUGGGCCUGUUUUCUCGACCCCCUGGCUAGCGUCAACCAAGCCAGGGGUUUAGAUGACACGGCCGCUACCCCCUCCAAUGGCAUUCCCCACAGCUGCAGUUGUAAAGAUAACCAUCUGGUACACAAAGGCUUUUGGUAUUGGGGGACCACCCCCUAAUAAACCCAAACGAAUAAGAACUCAUCGAUUGGAAGACUCGGUGGACUUGUCUGAGCGUACCUUCAGAGAAUGAAGUAACACGCAAAGAGAAGCUCCCAUCUGGGGCCCCAGAUUAUUGUAAUGUAUGCCUGUUAUGUUGUUUGUUGAUGCAUGUUGUGAUGUAUCUUUGUUCGUACUUUUAAUACAAAUAUAUAUAACCACUAAUUGUCAACAGUAUUGUGUGCUUUUUGCAUCUAAAUAUCUCAUCUGCUUAGACGCAAUAUCUGAUACAGAAAUUGCCACGACAGUGGAGACCUCUCUCCAGAGAGAAGCAUCAAUCUGUUCCACUGUCUGAAUGAGCUGAACGACCGUUCUCUAGUGGAGGAGA